AUGACUCAAGCAAUGCCAUCACUUCGUAUCAUUGCUCAACCAAAAGCAUCGUAUCGAGAACGAUAUAUAUGUGAAACAGAUCGCCGUCGUAAUCGAGCUCAACGUUUUGUUCGUGCCGAUAGUAAUUCAAAGCAAUUUGUUUAUCCAACAAUUGAAAUUCCAAAUGAAUGGCUAAUGAAACGUGAACAAUCGCUAUAUAUUCGUUUAACUCUUGUAACUGUUCCAAAUGAACGUGCACCUAUUAGAUGUGUACAUCCUUAUCCAAUUGAUACAGAAGAUAUUCAUGUUAUUAAAGAUCAAUCGUCAAAUUCUCUUUAUUUUGCAAUAUCAAAUGAUGAAUUACGUACUGGCCGAAAAACUUUUCAAUUUACUCAGAAAAAACUCACUAAAUAUCAAUUAAAAAAUCAUGGACCCUUAAGAGUUUUCAAUUCUGAUGAAAAAGAUGAACACCGUCUUGAAGAUCCAACAGAUGCUAGAAAAUUAAUUGAAACUUAUGAAUUAAGACAUUCGCAAUUAGUUUUUUCAAUAGCUGUUUUUCAAAAUAAUACUCAACUGCCAGUUAUAUACGACAUUUCCUCUGUAUUUUCACAUAAAAUGACUGCGAUUCAAGCAACAAUGCACGAUGAUGAUAGUAGUUUUCGAUGUACACCGCAAAGCGGCGAUUGGCAAGGUGGAGAAGAAAUAAUCAUGGUUGUUCCAAAAAUUGAUAAAAGAAAAUCAUUUUUUGUUCGUUUUGUACAUCCUUUCAUAGAUCCAAAAUCUACUAUUAAUUUUGAAUUUCUGGAUACAAAAACCAUCUUAUUCCAUACACCACCAUGUCCAAUACCAUUAACAAGAGAUAACCCGUCAGUUUCAAUUCCGAUUGUUGUUACUCAAAAUGACCUGGAAAUUGCGCGAGUUAAUUUUGUUUAUCAAUCAUCAAAUAACUGUCUAGCUUGUGGAUCAAACCUAAUUUUUACAAAUAUCAAUUCAUCAAAUAACAAGAAACGACCAUUUAUAGAAUUUGAUGAAGCCGAUGCAUUUAAAUUUAGUGAACUAGCACGUGAUCGAACAAGAAAAAAAGAAUUCAAUCAUUCUGAUAUACGGAAUAUGGUGAUCACAACACAGAAAUCGAUACCUGUCAAAUUAGAUAAUCAAUUUCCAUUAUACAAUAAACCUAUACGAGAAAGAGAUUUUGAUUCAGCAUUUACAUUUAUUAAAAAAACAAUGAACUGUUUUGAACAAAAAUCUAAUCAAAAUGAGACAUCAAUUUUUAAUACUACAGAAUUAAAUCAAAGCAGAUCAAUUGAAACAAUUUUAAAAAAACAAUCUAAACUUGCUAAACAAGUUGAUAAUAAAAGCAAUACUUUAUUACAUGUAUUGGCUAGUAUAUCCAAAGACAAUGCUAAAGAGACAAUUGAAAAUAUUGCAACAAUAUUAGAUGCUGAAAUGCAAAAAUAUUUUGAUAUCAACGUUAAAUCAACGUCCACAUAA